UGGUGACCGCAAAAAUGGUCUUCCAAUGGAAUCUGCAGGCUUCACAGCUCAGGUGAUUAUCCUGAACCAUCCUGGUCAGAUCAGUGCUGGUUAUGCACCUGUGCUGGAUUGCCACACCGCCCACAUUGCUUUCAAGUUCUCUGAGCUGAAAGAGAAGGUUGACCGUCGUUCUGGGAAAAAGCUGGAAGAUGGCCCCAAGUUCUUGAAAUCUGGUAAUGCUGCCAUCGUUAAUAUGGUGCCUGGCAAGACCAUGUGUGUUGAGAAUUUCUCUGACUACCCUCCUCUGGGUCGUUUUGCUAUUCAUGAUAUGAGGCAGACUGUUGCUGUGGGUGUCAUCAAAGCAGUGGACAAGAAGGCAAAUGGAGCUGGCAAGGUUACCAAGUCUGUCCAGAAGGCUCAGAAGGCUAAAUGAAUAUUAUCCCCAGUACCUGCCACCCCAGUCUUAAUCAGAGGUGGAAGAACUGUCUCAGAAAUGUUUGUCUCAAUUGGCCAUUGAAGUUUAAUAGUAAAAGACUGGUUAA